AUGAAAAGAGAGUGGCACACAUGUGCCCCCAUUAGUCAUAAUCGCUCAAGCUCUUACUUGCAACUCCUCCCCAAAUAUGCUUCCGACCCGCUUGUGGGCCUAGUUGGCCAGUGA